AUGGAAUUGAAAGGAAAAAAUGUUAUUUACGUUGGCGGAUACGGAGGUAUUGGCAAAAGCUGCGUCGAGGCCUUUUUGAAAAAGUCCGUAAAAAGUCUCCUCAUUUUCGAUUUAAUGUCGAACGACGAGUUUCUGAAAUAUUUACAAAAUACCUACAAAAACUCAUUCAUUGAUUACAUCCAUUUGGAUCUGGCAAAAAGUGAGACCAUCAAAGACGCGUUUAAGAAGGCCAAGGAUUUAAUCGGUUCAUUCGAUAUCGUGGUAAAUGGAUCUGGCGUUGCUGUGGAAGAUCAAAUCGACCUAUUGGUGCAAAUUAAUUUGGCUGGUCCAAUGCAAAGCUCAGCUAUAGCCAUGGACUACAUGAGUAAGGCAAAUGGUGGCAACGGCGGUUGCAUUGUUAAUAUGUCGUCCACAGCAAAUGGUGGCAACGGCGGUUGCAUUGUUAAUAUGUCGUCCACAGUUGGUUUGAAUCCCACCGAUUUUUGCUGCUUCUAUGGUGCAACAAAGAGUGGUGUAAUUCAUUUCACCACAGCUCUGGCGCAACCCAUGUACUUCAAUAAAACCGGCGUAAGUUUCAUCACCGUUUGCCCAGGCGUAACCAAAUCACCAAUGAAUAUGAUUGUGGAGAAGAAGUCAUUCUCGAUAAAGUUCCGCCCACAGGAUGUGAACAUGCAUGAGAACGUGAUUGAACAAACGUCCGAUGCAUUGGCGGAAAACCUAAUGACAAUUAUUGAAAAUGGUCCAAAUGGAUCCAUAUGGGCAGUACAUGACGGCCAAAGUUUUAAAGUUGAAUUGCCUGAAAUAUGGGGACCUACUCUGAGAUAUAGAACAGACAAGUAA